UCCACAGCAUAACGAACUUGAAACUGACAAAAAUCCCGCUAGAAAUUUGUUUACUGGAUAUUAUUUCUGUGCAUUUUUGUGUAAAAUUUCGUAAAAUUAACGUCAAUUUCUGCGGAACCCAGGAUUCGGGAUGGAGGAUUUCCAGAAAAUAGAAAAAAUCGGUGAAGGGACGUAUGGGGUGGUUUACAAGGGUCGUAAUAAAGUGACCGGACAGAUUGUGGCCAUGAAGAAAAUCCGCUUGGAAUCGGAAGAUGAGGGAAUCCCUUCAACUGCCAUUCGCGAGAUUUCUUUGCUAAAGGAACUAAAACAUCCCAACAUCGUUUCGCUGGAAGACGUCCUGAUGGAGGAGAAUCGAUUGUAUUUGAUUUUUGAGUUUUUGUCGAUGGAUCUGAAAAAGUACAUGGACACGUUGCCUCCGGAGAAGAUGAUGGAUUCCGAUUUGGUGAAAAGCUACAUGUACCAAAUUACGGCUGCGCUGUUGUUUUGCCACAGAAGACGAGUGCUGCAUCGGGAUCUAAAACCGCAGAAUCUGCUGAUCAACAAAGAGGGACUGAUUAAGGUGGCGGACUUUGGAUUGGGUCGUUCGUUUAACAUUCCGGUCCGUAAUUACACCCAUGAGAUCGUUACGUUGUGGUACCGUGCACCGGAAGUCCUGUUGGGAUCUCCCCGGUAUGCAUGCCCUGUGGAUGUUUGGUCCAUUGGUUGCAUUUUUGCCGAAAUGACCACACGCAAGCCACUGUUCCAGGGAGACUCGGAGAUCGAUCAACUCUUCCGUAUGUUCCGGAUCUUGAAGACUCCGACGGAGGAAAUUUGGCCGGGGGUUACCUCUCUUCCAGACUACAAACCGACGUUUCCAUGCUGGACACAGAACAAUCUGGCCGGUCAGGUAAAAAAUCUCGAAUCUGCGGGUCUGGAUUUGCUGCAGAAGUGUUUGAUCUACGACCCAGUUCACCGGAUUUCGGCGAAGAAUAUUCUCGAGCACAAGUAUUUCGACGGAUUCGACCGGACAGUGGCGCCUAUCGUAUGAGGGGAUUGUGUCGUUGGUAGCUUAACUUAUUAAUCUAGAGGUAUUCCAUGUUUCUCUCUCUCUUUUUUGUAUGAUUUUGAGGAAGCAUUUCCAGUAGAUGGAUGCUAAGGAGGAUGUAAAUAUUCCACCCAGCAAGAGUCUACCCGUUGUGAAGCGUCUAGUGUUUAGUUGUUAUAGGAUCUUUAGAUGUAAAUACAGACGGAGACAAACAGAACGACUAUAAUAUCGAAGUUCUAUAAAACUACCACAAAGGACAAUUUUUCCAUUUUGCUAACCUUUACAAUAAUGAUUUUCUUUUCGAAUAAGAUUUUUCGGUAUAAUAAAUCGUAAUUAUAAGCAAAA